CUGGCUUCCCAGCUUUGACACAGCGUCACUUGUGAAACAACAGAGGGGAAGAAAGACGCACUCGGGCCAAACCCCGUCCGCACCAGCAGGAGAAGAUGUCCGAGCCCAAUAAGUACCGAGAGUGGAUCCUGGAAACAAUCGACUCUCUCCGCUCGAGGAAAGCCCGUCCGGAUCUGGAGAGGAUUUGUCGAAUGGUGCGGAGACGACACGGGUCAGACCCGGACCGAACCAGGACAGAACUGGAAAAACUGAUUCAAGAGCAGACGGUGCUCAAAGUUAGCUACAAGGGCUCCAUAUCGUACCGAAACGCUGCGAAGGUGCAGAGGAAAAGCCGAAAGAAGAGUGAGUUUACGGCCGCUGGCAGCAGCGGCGCGGAGGCAGCGAGGGAGCGGACCAAACACGACCAUCUGAACAACAACGGCGACAGUGCGCACAGCUUCACCGACCAGGAGGAGGGAGAGGAGGACUCCGAGCCCAGCCCAGAUCCCCACACUCACACAUCAGCCAGCGCCGCCGGCAAGAAGCUCAAGCCUGCCUCCAGCCCCAGUAGCGGAAACGGGUGCCUCAGUUGUGGCGCAACAACGGGCUGCGAUGUCGGGAGCGGCUGUAAAGAGGAGAAAGCAAGUGCACCGAGAGACAAGGGAUUAGAGCAGCAGGGAGCGGGGGGCUGCCCGUCGCCCGGCCACAGAACAAGCGCACACGACGGCGGGGAUGCCGGCAGGACAACGCCGAGCAAAGCCGAUGCAGUUCGCGACGGAAAAGAGCCGGGUUUGUCUGGGGCUGACACCCAGAGCAAAACUUGCUCGGGAAGCGUCGGUAGCCUCCCUCAGCAGCAGAAACAGAAGCAGGCAGAGCCCCUCAAGCCCAAACUUCGAGUCGCAGGAGGGGGCACAAAAACAGCGGGGAACCACGCCAACUCCGACCUGGGCGACAGACUGGUGGCUUCUGUUCGCAGCCUGUCCGAGAGGAGCCUCCGGGGGGGCUCCGCCGCCGCGACCAGAGGCCACAUGAAGCCGCUCGGGCUGAAGGAGAUUUUGGGCUAUCUGAGCAGCCAAGAGCGGCUGUCGGAGGAGAAGCUGACCCGAGGCAAAGUCAAAGUGGUCAUGGAGAGAGAGGUGGCGAGGGGCCGGCUGCGCAGGACCCGCUGCGGGAACAUUACUCUUCCUCUGAGGGGGAUGGUGGUGGAGGAGCCCGCUCUGAAGAACGCGUCCGCUGACAGACUUGUUAAGAGCGCACUGCAGGACAAGCACACCGAGAAAAAGCCACCGUUCCCCUCUCCCCGGGAGAGCGAGCCGAUGGAAACAGCCAGCGAAGAAGAGGAACGGGAAGAGAAUGGAGAAGAGGAGGAGGAGGAGGAUCCCCGGAGUUCUGAUGAGGAAGGAGGACUAUCCCCGGUAGCCAUGACAACCGAACCGGAGCUCAUUGAGAAAACCACAGAAGAUGCAGAGAUCCAGACAGCAUCAAAGCAGGAGAGCCCCCCCCAGCAGCAGCACGAUGGCAAAGGGACGUCCGGUCAUGAUCUCCUCACCGUGACGUCGUGUCCACCUGUUCAGGGAGCUUCUCCGUCACAAUGUAACAGUCCACACUUGGAGGAGGAGAGAGCUGCCGUCCCUGAUCAGCUACGUACAGAGAUACAAGGUCAGAUGCAGCGUGACAGAAUCAACCACAGCUCCUCAGGCGUUAGCAGCUUGGAGUCUAAGGCAGAGGUCGGCGUGUCGUCCUGCCUGCUCACACCCACUGCCUCCCCGAGAGACUCCGGCAUGUCUGAGGAGCGAGGGAUGAACGGAGGAGUUAGCAGUGGAGGAUUAAUAAAGUCUGAGGGGGCCAGUGGGAGCCCGGUGGACUGGACAGUGUCUGAUGUGGUCAGUUAUUUCACAGCAGCAGGUUUCCCUGAGCAGGCUGCUGCCUUCAGGACCCAGGAAAUCGAUGGCAAGUCUCUUCUCCUCAUGCAACGUAACGAUGUUUUGACUGGCCUGUCGAUCAGACUUGGCCCCGCCCUCAAGAUCUAUGAGAGACAUGUAAAGGUUCUGCAGAAAACACACUUUGAGGAAGACGACUGCUAACAACAUACACAUGAAGAAGACACAGAGACUCUUAUGUCUGUAUCCACAUAUAGCUCAAGUAAUCAUAUAAAAUGCAUGCAUGAUAUAUAAUACACGUCACUUUUCAUCUCAUUUCAAAACAGCACACACACACACACACACACACACACACACACACACACACACACACACCUCUGUUUCUCUUCCUCCUGUCCCUCUACACCUGCUCUGGUCCAGAAAUGAGACUGGAUUUCCUGGACAACAAGGAUUUUCUAUCAAACAGAGCACAAAUGUUGGAAGGAGAAAGCAGACUCACAAAAUUUUAAGAUACAGAGGUUGAAAAGAAAAGUCAUGCAAUUUUUCUCUUUUUUUAUUUACAGCGAUCAAGCACUUUGCAAUUUCUCGAUUAAACUGUGCAAGAUGGUUUGUUUUUCAACUGUUACUUUGUGCUGACCUUUAUGCACUUUUUGAAAGAGGUCGUGGUUAUUCUGUGUGUUAAAUUUGUUCAGGUUGUGAUGCUAAAGUUUCUUGGUUGUGGGUGUUUGUUUGUCAUUGUACACAUACUGUAUGUGUGUGGAGGCUUGACAGAGGAUGUUGGAUUGAAUAGAAACAAAUUAGAAGUUCGACAGAUUAGAUACAUUCCCAGAAACUGGAGUGUCGAGAUAAAAUCCGGCGCAGGGUUCAAGACCUUCUGCAAACUGUUAUAGGUUAAAGCAAUAAGAUGAUCAUUCUCUGUAGGCUUGUAGAUAGGCAAGUGGUUCAUUUUUUAUGUUUCGGAUGAAAAUAUAUGAAAUAAACACAUUGAUAAUGUUUUUUAACAGAGCUAGCCAUGAUCUGUUCUGGCCUUUGGAUUACCACAUCAGGUGCCAGUUUCACAAAGAUAGACUUUGAAUGGCUUCGAUCAAACUGUUCAGACUUAAGACAGAUGUCAAAAUUCAUCCAUCGCACAAAGCUGUCCAGGUCUUGACUUCUUAAGUGGGACUAAUUUGCAAUGAACUGUGGGUAAAUACUAUUUUGUACGCCAGAAAAAGUUUUAGUACAUCCCAAUCAGAUGCAGGAUGCCAAAGUACCAGGAUGUCAUUCUGCAUCCAGUCACAUUUGGCUUUGUUCGAACAAGCAUGCUUUUGUAGUUAUUCUGACCCACAAUCCCCUGCACAGCAGACGAUACAUCACAUCGACUAAACUGCUGAGAGCAGAGGUGCAUGCAAAGUGUUGGCAGGCAUUGCAAAUAGCAAACUUUUUGUUUUUACUUUCAAAUUUCGCUGCGACAGAUGUAUAAACAAGAGGGUCAAAGUUCAAGGCGUUAUGACAAAUCACUAUGUCCCAUUGUAUGCAUACUGCAUGCAACCGUCGUACUCUAUGAGGGCAGCUGCAGUACACACUGAAAGAGAAUAAGUAUGUGAUUUGGACUCUUCAAAUUCAAAAUGGCUGACCGAGCAACUGCAUCAUUUUUUCUCAUCACAGUUCAGCCCUGUUACAGGCUCAGGAGAGUUUCUCAGGACUAAUGAAGACAACUGACCACGCCCUCACUGCUGUAGAUUUACCAGAAACUCUUUCUCUUCUUAUUACUCGUUCCACAAUUAAGAGCCAUGUUUUCCUGUUUUUAGGUAUUUGGUGCCGCUCGUCAGCAGGUGUCAGUAUUGUUACCUUGCAAACAUGGCUCUUAAUUCAGCCCAGCGGUAGAAUAGGUCAGUCUAACUUGUGUUUGCCGCACAGACCAGUCUGACCUAUCUUUGUGAAACUGGCCUCAGAGUCGGCCGUGUGAGUGUUGAACAAACGCUCCGGCUGACUGAACUGAAAUCAGCAGAACAAUCAAUUCUCAACUGGAUGUUGUAACAGAGUGAAUUUGUAAAUUAAUAGAAAAUAAAUCCAUUUGAUACAUCAGCCUCCGUUUGUAAAUGACAGAAGAACUGAUGAUCUAAUUGAAAGAUGUUAUCGCAGGGUAAAGCUGAGUCAAUCAAUCAAUCAAAACUAAUCUCAUACCACCAGCAUUUUUUAACUGUUUGUACCGGUCAAACCUUAGAAACCAAAUGCUGUCAAAUGAUCUCACAUCUCAUUCCCACCUUGUCAUUCCAGGUUUGGCGUCUCCUCCGUGCAUGAACUGUAAAACAAAAACAAAAACAAAAAAAGCUUUUAUACUUCUGUUUUCAGCAUACUGGUUUCAUUUUGUGAAUGUUUUCAGUCCACACACCAAUGUUCUUUCGUUGUGCAUUUAGACCUCCUCUACCUCUCUCCCCUCAUCAUUCCCUUCACUUUCGCUUUGUUUGCAACUGCCAGGAACCCAUUUUCAGGUCAUUACAGUUUGUUGAAGGUGUACAUUAUGGUGUUUGUUGCCACUGUUUCAUUCUCAUUAGGUACAUCUGUAGGGGAGGACAGUGUUUGCGUCCAGCUUCUCACCAGGGGAAUGUACAGUGCGUCUAUGCCCUUGUUGCUUGUCUCAACUUAUUUGUUAAAGGACGAUUUUAGUAAUAAAAGUUUCAAU